CAACAUUAACACAAACUGUAAAACCAUUUUUUUUACACUCUGAACAACCCUACAAUGGAUAUUACCGUUGCGAUGAAAAUUACAAAACAACGCGGAUCGAAAUAGAAUCCAUGUGUUUGUGUCGCUCCGUAGGAUAAGGAGAAAAAGAGCGCAUCGAAUGUAAAUACGCGUGUGGGCAGCCUACAGUGUGCGGUUUCGGCCACCAGUCUAGUAGAGACAAUGAUCUCAACGCCCUCGAGUGCGACUUUGAAGAAUCGCGUUUUAUCGCGAAGUGCUUCCAUAUUUCACUCACCGUCGCCUCCAUAGUUCGCGUGAUGUAUCCACGCGAUGAGUUAGUUCGUAAAAUUGUUUGGGUGUGUUUCUACUAGCGAGCCAAUCAACGAGUUCCUCCUAAGGUGGAAUUAUAUUAGUGUAGCAUCAGCCAAAGUGUGAAGUUCUAUCGCGAUAUGUAAUUGAGUGAUAUGGUAUUCGAACUCGUUCCCCGGACUGUUUUCGCAAUCAAUUGCAAUCAGUGUUUGAAUGUUUGAUUUUUAUAUUGAUAAAGUGCCAAUGGAGAUAACACUUCAUAAAACGAUCAAGCGGAAAUUCGUAAGCAACACACUGAUUGAGAUGACUCAAGCGCUUCCAUUUCACGGUCGCCAGAGCGUAUGAGAGUUGUUAUCGGCAGGCUGGUAUUCAGUGCGUUUUGUUUCAUCCUUCUAAUUCGUGAGAUUUGAACCAAUCCAAUGUGUUGACAUAAGAGCGUGCAAAACGAGUUGUAUUUUACAACAUAAAUUUAAUGAAUAAUGAAAAACUUCAUCACCCGUCUCUGUUCGACUCGUCCAUGACCGAAAAUUGGUUCAAAUAUUGUUAAUUAUCGGAGACCUUCCGAAGCUACCGAUGCUGGAACUGAUGCAACUGCAUGAAACGCUUAACGUAUGGAUUUCGCCUCGAAAGCUGCUAAACGAUAUGUAUUAGUGCGCGUUCUGCAAAUUGGACGAUGAUGAUGAUGAUGCACCAGCGUUGUUAGUUCGUUAGUUUCGCCUCCGUCUAGCUGUGUUACGGUCAAAUACAUAACUGCCAAUUUGCUCAAAUAAUUGUGCGAUCAGAAGCAGUGAAAAUUGCAACGAAUGCGAAGCAAAUCCAAGACGAAACAAGUGUUGUGAACAUAGUGCUUUCCAAUACCCACGGUCACAAAUAUUGCGACGAAACCAAAUGGAACUUAUAGUAAGAGCAACGGCCAGCAAAAACUUCUGAUGGUGACUCUCUGUUAUGGGAACUAGUAAUUGAACGUAAUCAGUAGCGGUUUGGGAGGAUGCGUUUUGCAAGACGAUACGAUUUCUAUACGAUGUAUAACGUGGAAAUGAAAUCUGAAAUUCCGCAUAGCAACGUUCGAUAUGGCAUACUGCCCUGGAUAACAUUUCAAGAUUGAACCAGCAAAAUGGACAUUACACUAUCAGUAGAAGAAGAGAACGCAUUAACGCUAUACGAAGAGCUCGAACAGACGGACAUCAACACGUUGAAUCUGAAUGUCGACUGCUGCUGCGGUUUGCUCAGAACAUCCCCUUUUCAUCAACUAAGAUCGAAAUCAAGCUCGCGAGAACUAAUUCGCGUCGAUUCCGGCGUUUCCAGCGAAGACGAAGGGGAAUCGGCGCAUAGCUGUCCACGGCACUCUGAACACACACAGGAAGACGACGGUCUCUUGUACAAUCAUGACAACAGCAGUAACAGUCUCUCACAUGACCACCAUCACCUUCGACAGGCCCAUAGAACGCAAUAUCUGUUUCCUCGGAGUAAAACUUCCCUCAGUCAGCGAAACGAACGAUUUCACAGUUUCACCCUGCUCGAAUCGAACAUCCUGAACAGCUUCCAACUACAAAAUUUCCGGAAAUCUUCCGGUGGUUGUGACUCGGCCAAUUGCUCGGGACAAACUAGUUACAGCUCGACGGCAUCCAGCAUGAUAGAGGACAUCUCGGAUAAAAUUGAAGAAAUCGGAAAGAUGGAUACGAACAUUCAUUCGCUAAUGUACAAAUCGGUUGAGCUGCAUAAGGACAUUCUGUCUCUAGAAGCAACCACCAACCGUUUACUUGCCGACACGCGAAAGCUCUCCGAUGACCUUGACGACGUUCGCUAUCUCGACGAUUUAAUAACGAUUCUAAAUGGAGACAUUGGGCCCGUCAUACACCGGGAAUGGCCGUACCAGAUUCUAUUCGACACUCCAAUAGAGGAGGGCACUCCGGUUAUAUAAAACUGCAGAAAGCACCACAAAAACAAAGCUAGCUCGUUUUUAAGCAUUUUUGCACUUUUUGCAUAUAUAGUAUAAGUAGGAAAACCUAACCAAUGCUUAGAAAGCAAUUAUUUAAUAACAGUCGCCAGCAGUUACCAGCCUACAGACGACGUUUCAAAUUUCAACCUAGUGACAGCAAGUACGAGCCAAAGACCUAUGACUGAGGGAUUCAGGGGGGAGGGGUAUAACAUGUGAAAAUGAAACACGGAAAGUAUGUUUGCAUAAAUAGAUAAAUUAACAUCCGGUUUCUAA